CUUCAUCAUCACAUUUACAAAAAGCCGUGUGUGUGUGUGGCUAAAAGCAAACCUUAAUAUUCUCGUAUUCGCGUCAAUUAAAAUUAUUAUUAUAAUUUCUUCGAUUUUUUUUUUAUUUUUAAAUUUUGAAAAUCAAAUUUUAGUAAAUUAUGUCGGAUAAUGUUGAUGAAAGAUAUAAUGAUGGCUCCGAUGAAAGAAGCCAAAAUCAGAUGUUCGCCGAAUCUUUUGAUCAUAUGAAUUUGAGAGAAGAACUUUUACGUGGAAUUUAUAGUUUUGGUUUUGAAAAACCAUCAACCAUUCAACAGAAGGCAAUUUUACCAUGUAUUUCUGGUAAUGAUGUUAUCGCUCAAGCUCAAUCCGGUACUGGUAAAACAGCAACAUUCGUUAUCUCUGUUCUUCAACGUAUUGAACCAAGCCAAAAUGAAUGCCAGGCACUCAUAUUGGCACCAACUCGUGAAUUGGCCCAACAAAUCCAAAAAGUUGUAGUUGCAUUGGGUGACUAUUUGAAUGUAAAAUGCCAUGCUUGUAUCGGUGGAACCAAUGUCUAUCAUGACAUUAGUACGCUUGAAGCGGGAACACAUAUUUUGGUCGGUACGCCUGGACGUGUAUCUGAUAUGAUUCAACGAGGCCAUUUGAAAACCGACAAGAUUAAAAUUUUCGUUCUUGAUGAAGCCGAUGAAAUGUUGUCACGUGGUUUUAAGGAUCAGAUUUACAAUGUGUUCUGUCAUUUGCGUCCAGAUGUGCAAGUAAUAUUGUUAUCAGCCACAAUGCCUGCCGACGUAUUUGAUGUAACGAGCAAAUUUAUGCGUGAUCCAAUCAAGAUUUUAGUUAAAAAAGAAGAAUUAACAUUGGAAGGUAUCACACAAUGCUAUCUACAAGUUCCAAAUGAUGAGGACAAAUUAGUUGCAUUGACCGAUCUGUAUUCAAUUAUGACAGUCAGUCAGGCAGUUAUUUUUUGUAACACUAGAAAACGGGUCCAUUGGUUGGCACAGAUGCUCAAAGAACAAGAUUACACGGUAUCAUCAAUGCAUGGUGAUAUGACACAAACCGAACGUGAACUCAUUAUGCGUGAAUUCCGUAGCGGUUCAUCUCGUAUACUUAUUACAACCGAUCUAUUAGCUCGUGGUAUCGAUGUUCAACAAGUUUCGCUUGUCAUUAAUUACGAUUUGCCUGUAAAUCUCGAAAAUUACAUUCACAGAAUUGGACGAUCCGGUCGUUUUGGUCGUAAAGGUACUGCUAUUAAUCUUGUUACUGAUGAAGAUUUGAAAACCUUAAAACAAAUUGAAGAAUUUUAUCACACAAGCAUCAAUGAAUUGACCGAAGAAAUUUUAGGAGCUAAAAAAUAGACAAACAAACCACCAUUCGAUAAUUUUAUUCAGACCCCCGAACAACUACUCUAUUUUAAAUUAGCCCCUAAUUAAAAAAAAAUUUUUCUCCAAUUAUGUAUGCGUGUGUGUAUUUGUCUCACAUUAAAUUUUGCAAAAAAACCAAUUUUUUUAAAUAAAAAAAACCAACA